AUGGAUGACCUUUAUGAUGAAUUUGGUAACUUCAUUGGCGAAGCUGAAGAAUCCGAGGACGAUAGCCAACAUGGCAUUGAUGCCGGUGCCUAUGUCUACGAUGAAGACUACCCCGAAGAAGCGCCAGAAGCAACAGGCCAAGAGCUGAUGGAGUUGGAUGAUGAAGGGCCUUCUAAUGCAGUUAUUCUGCACGAGGAUAAGCAGUACUAUCCAACAGCUCAGCAGGUAUACGGCGAAGAUGUUGAGACUAUGGUGCAAGAGGAAGAUGCUCAGCCAUUGACCCAACCGAUCAUUGCCCCCGUCGAACAGAAGAAGUUCACAAUACAAGAGGCGGAUCUGCCCCCAGUCUUUUUCGAACGAAGUUUCAUGACAGAUCUUAUGAAUUUCCCUGAACAGAUACGAAACGUCGCAUUUGCCGGACAUCUUCAUCAUGGAAAAACAGCGCUGCUGGAUAUGCUGGUUCUGGAGACUCACGACAUUACAGACCGGCUGGAAAAGAGGACUCGCAAAAAGCGAGACGAGCAACUACGUUAUACAGAUGUUCAUGUGUUAGAGCGGGAGCGAGGAAUAUCGAUCAAAUCAGCGCCAAUGAGUUUAGUAUUGCAAAGCACGCAAGGAAAGUCGCAUCUUCUGAAUAUCCUCGACACGCCAGGCCAUGUCAACUUUGUUGAUGAGGUCGCUUCGUCACUUCGACUUGUCGAUGGCGUUGUCCUUGUUGUCGAUGUCGUUGAGGGCGUCCAAGUGAACACAGAACAGAUCAUCAAGCAUGCUGUGUUAGAAGGUCUACCUUUGACACUUGUGGUCAACAAGAUGGAUCGGUUGACUUUAGAGCUGAAGUUGCCACCAACUGACGCCUAUUUCAAGCUGAAGCAUGUCAUCGAAGAGGUCAAUACGGUCAUUGAGAAUACUCUGCCCGGCCAAGGAGAGAAGAGAAGAUUAAGCCCUGAAAAGGGCAAUGUCCUUUUCGCCUGCAGCAGUCUGGGUUGGUGCUUUACCCUUCAAUCUUUUGCCAAGAUGUAUGCAGAAAACUAUCCUCCCCGAACAAAAAGCUCUCCUGGGAUCAAUGUGCAAGAAUUUGCUCGACGGUUAUGGGGUGACAUCUUCUACAAUCCGAAGAAACGAUCAUUCACAAGAAAAGGUAUCGAGGAGCGGUCCAAGCGAUCCUUUGUCAACUUUGUUCUUGAACCAAUUUACAAGUUGUACUCUCAUACAAUCAGUGAAAGUCCUGAUGAUCUGAAAGAUACACUUGCAACACUUGGCAUUACGCUUAAGCCAUCACAGUACAAAAUGGAUGCCAAUGUUCUUCUUAAGCUUGUCUGCGAACAGUUUUUUGGCGGAGCGAACGGAUUCGUGGACAUGGUUGUAGAGCAUAUUCCUUCACCAGUUGAAGCGGCCAAAAGCAAGAUCGAGAGAUAUUACACGGGCCCAUUGGAUACCGCUGUUGCACAAUCCAUGAAGGAGUGUGAUCAAGAUGGUCCACUUGUUGUUCAGAUCUCUAAGCUGUUCAAUACAAGUGAUGCCAAAGGAUUUCACUCAUUCGGACGGGUUAUGAGUGGAACGGCUACCCCCGGGGCCCAAGUGAGAGUCCUUGGCGAAGGAUAUUCAAUCGAUGACGAAGAAGACAUGAGCAUGGCUACCAUAUCCGACGUUUGGAUUGCUGAAACACGAUAUAGUAUUCCUACCGAUGGAGUUCCAGCGGGCAAUUGGGUGUUGUUGGGAGGCGUCGACAAUUCUAUCGUCAAAUCUGCAACACUGGUCCCUCCGGUAUUAGCAGGAGGAGAAGAUGCCUAUAUCUUCAAGCCGAUUACCCAUUUCACCGAGUCGGUAUUCAAAGUCGCUGUCGAGCCGAUCAAUCCUUCGGAGCUGCCGAAGAUGCUGGACGGUCUCAGAAAGAUCAACAAGAGUUAUCCGCUAAUCACAACGAAGGUGGAGGAAUCUGGGGAGCACAUCAUUCUCGGCACGGGAGAGCUCUACAUGGAUUGCGUUUUGCAUGACCUGCGCCGCCUCUAUGCCGAGAUGGAGAUCAAAGUCUCUGAUCCAGUAACGAGGUUCUGCGAAACGGUAGUUGAGACAUCGGCUAUCAAAUGUUAUGCCCAGACACCGAACAAGAAGAACAAGAUCACCAUGGUCGCCGAGCCGCUGGACCAGGGAAUUGCGGAGGACAUAGAGAGCGGAAAGGUCAGCAUCAAAAGCCCCAAUCGUGUGAUAGGAAAGUUCUUUGAGGAGAAUUAUGGUUGGGACUUGCUUGCUUCCAGAAGCAUUUGGGCUUUUGGACCCGACGAGCUGGGACCAAACAUUCUCCAGGAUGACACUCUACCAUCAGAGGUAAGCAAUUCACUUCUCCAAGUCGACAAGAAGCUUUUGUUAAGUGUUAGGGACACGAUUCGUCAAGGUUUCAGCUGGGCCACUCGAGAAGGGCCGUUGUGUGAAGAACCAAUCCGCAACGGCAGGUUCAAGAUUAUGGAUGUCACAUUGGCUCCCGAAGCGAUCUUCCGGGGAGGCGGCCAGAUCAUCCCCACUUCCCGACGUGCCUGCUACUCGUCCUUCUUGAUGGCUUCUCCACGACUAAUGGAGCCCGUCUACUCAUGUUCCAUGACCGGACCUGCAGACUCGGUCACAUCACUUUACACAGUUCUGGCCCGUCGUCGCGGGCACGUAUUAUCUGAUGGUCCAAUUGCCGGCACGCCGUUAUAUCGUGUUAGUGGUCUUAUUCCAGUCAUUGAUUCGUUCGGUUUCGAGACCGAUCUCCGCAUUCACACACAAGGCCAGGCCACUGUCAGCUUGGUGUUUGACCGCUGGAACAUCGUUCCCGGAGAUCCUUUAGAUAAGGACGUCAUCUUGAGGCCAUUAGAACCAGCCAGUGCCCAAGCGACGGCGAGAGAUUUCGUGUUGAAAACAAGAAGAAGAAAAGGCUUGAGCGAGGAUGUAAGCGUUGCCAAGUUCCUGGAGCCAGAACUGUUCUCUAGUUUGAAAGAGAGCGGUUUAUUGGAUGGUUAA